GAUGACGUGGCUCAGCUGAGCCUCAAUUGCGAGACAACCUUACACUUUGAGCUCGUAUUCAAUUAAGCUAACUAUCUACUGGUACUAUUAUUAUUAGCCUUCAUCCCCCUCUUAUUUUACUCUCACUUUUCAUAUUCAAAUUUUUUCAACUGUAUAAAAACUUCGAAUUUGCAAUCUCUGAAUCGCAUUCUCUCCAGAAUCUAGUGAACGCACAACCACUACUAAGUUAUCUAUUCGGUAUCAGCAUGGCGGGCUCCGCAGUUGAUCCCCGCGUCACUUUAUGGAGGAAACUUCUUAACAACAACGAAAAGAGCUGGGUUUUAUUCGAGCACGGAACAUGCCUGGUCCUUAUGCAGCCAGAAUCUGACUUGACCAAACAAGCGCGCGAGAUCAUGUCGACCGACGGCCCAGUUCGUGUUGGAAGCCAAAUGGGCGACUUUUCUAUCCAAAAACUCGAUGAACCGUUUAAUGGAUGGAUUGUCGCUGGUCAUCAUCCGGAUAUGAUUAAUUAUAUUGCAGCCGAAGAUGAUAGACUAAGCGACCAGGCAGCUACCGAUCAGUCCAGCUUUAUGGUCGGCAUUUUGGGUAGAAAUGACCGGGAUCAGGAUUCGCAGUCUUUGAAUAUUAUCCAUAUAGAAGAUAAUAGGUGAUCGGAUUACUUAUUGUCUAAUCUAUGCUUUGCUAUUAAAAGCUAAGGUAUUCGCGUUUGAUCUCGUGUUAAUAUUCUGUUGAAACCGGGCGGUAGAGCUAUCUAAUGAAAUGAUUGAUUAAUACCAAAAGCCCUCGUACAACGGAGUUAAGGGUUCAGUGAAACGAUUUCUCUAUGUCAGUUGGAAUUUAAAAUUUUAAUGCCUAUGAUUAAAAUAAAUUCUAAACCACGGCAACAAUGAAGGAUGCUACUUCAACCCCGUUCCGACACAUAACAUUUUGAUCUUCUCCA